GCCAAUGGCGUGGCGCGCCGCGGGAGCGGGGCGGGCCCGGCGGUGCCGGAUGAGGAGACUCUGAGGGGAAGUUUGGCCGCCGCCGCCGCCGCGGGCCCCGUGAGGAGGAGCCGCCGCCGGGAGCGCGGGCCCGGCACCGCCGCGCCGCCAUGGGCAACCGGGGCAUGGAGGAGCUCAUCCCGCUGGUCAACAAGCUGCAGGACGCCUUCAGCUCCAUCGGCCAGAGCUGCCACCUCGACCUGCCGCAGAUCGCCGUGGUGGGCGGGCAGAGCGCCGGCAAGAGCUCGGUGCUCGAGAACUUCGUGGGCCGGGAUUUCCUCCCCCGUGGCUCUGGGAUCGUCACUCGCCGGCCUCUCAUCCUGCAGCUCAUCUUCUCCAAGACGGAAUAUGCCGAGUUCCUGCACUGCAAAUCCAAGAAGUUCACGGACUUCGAUGAGGUGCGGCAGGAGAUCGAGGCCGAGACCGACCGGGUGACGGGCACCAACAAGGGCAUCUCCCCCGUGCCCAUCAACCUGCGCGUGUACUCCCCCCACGUGCUGAACCUGACCCUGAUCGACCUGCCGGGGAUCACCAAGGUGCCCGUGGGGGAUCAGCCGCAGGACAUCGAGUUCCAGAUCCGGGACAUGAUCCUGCAGUUCAUCAGCCGCGAGAGCAGCCUCAUCCUGGCCGUCACGCCGGCCAACAUGGACCUGGCCAACUCGGACGCGCUCAAGAUGGCCAAGGAGGUGGAUCCGCAGGGGCUGAGGACCAUCGGGGUCAUCACCAAGCUGGACCUGAUGGACGAGGGCACCGACGCCCGGGACGUGCUGGAGAACAAACUGCUGCCCCUGCGGAGAGGCUACAUCGGCGUGGUGAACCGCAGCCAGAAGGACAUCGAUGGCAAGAAGGACAUCCGCGCCGCGCUGGCGGCCGAGCGCAAGUUCUUCCUGUCGCACCCGGCCUACCGGCACAUGGCCGAGCGCAUGGGCACGCCGCACCUGCAGAGGGUGCUCAACCAGCAACUCACGAACCACAUCCGCGAGACGCUGCCGGCGCUGCGCAGCAAGCUGCAGAGCCAGCUGCUGUCGCUGGAGAAGGAGGUGGAGGAGUACAAGAACUUCCGUCCCGACGACCCCGCGCGCAAAACCAAGGCGCUGCUGCAGAUGGUGCAGCAGUUCGGGGUGGACUUUGAGAAGAGGAUUGAGGGCUCAGGAGACCAGGUGGACACCCUGGAGCUCUCCGGGGGCGCCAGGAUCAACCGGAUUUUCCACGAGAGGUUCCCCUUCGAGCUGGUGAAGGUGAGGAUGGGGGUUCCUCUCCCUGCAGGAUUUUCCAACCCAAACCGUGCCACGAUCCAACUCACGAACCACAUCCGCGAGACGCUGCCGGCGCUGCGCAGCAAGCUGCAGAGCCAGCUGCUGUCGCUGGAGAAGGAGGUGGAGGAGUACAAGAACUUCCGUCCCGACGACCCCGCGCGCAAAACCAAGGCGCUGCUGCAGACGGGGCUCUUCACGCCCGACCUGGCCUUCGAGGCCAUCGUCAAGAAGCAGGUGGUGAAGCUGAAGGAGCCGUGCCUGAAAUGCGUGGAUUUGGUGAUCCAGGAGCUCAUCAACACCGUGCGCCAGUGCACCAGUAAGCUGGGCUCCUACCCCCGGCUGCGGGAGGAGACCGAGCGCAUCGUCACCACGCACAUCCGCGAGCGCGAGGGCAAAACCAAGGACCAGAUCCUGCUGCUCAUCGACAUCGAGCUCUCCUACAUCAACACCAACCACGAGGAUUUCAUCGGCUUCGCCAACGCGCAGCAGCGGAACACGCAGACCAACAAGAAGAGAGCCAUCCCCAACCAGGGGGAGAUCCUGGUGAUCCGCCGGGGCUGGCUCACCAUCAACAACAUCAGCAUCAUGAAGGGCGGCUCCAAGGAGUACUGGUUCGUGCUGACGGCAGAGUCGCUGUCCUGGUACAAGGACGAGGAGGAGAAGGAGAAGAAGUACAUGCUGCCUUUGGAUAACCUGAAAAUCAGGGACGUGGAGAAGGGCUUCAUGUCCACCAAACACAUCUUCGCCAUCUUCAACACGGAGCAGAGGAAUGUGUACAAGGACCUGCGGCAGAUCGAGCUGGCCUGCGACUCCCAGGAGGACGUGGACAGCUGGAAAGCCUCCUUCCUCAGGGCGGGGGUCUACCCCGAGAAGGACCAGAGCCGUGCAGGUGGCACUCAGGGACAGGAACCAGGACAGGACCCACCCCAAUUCCCCCAAACCGGAGCGCCCCAAACCCCUCAGCCGCUCAUCCCAGCCCUUCCCUCGUGCCCCCAGACCAAGGAUUUCAUCCACUCGGAGCUGCUGGCCUUCCUGUACUCGUCGUCAGACCAGAGCAGCCUGAUGGAGGAGUCGGCGGAGCAGGCGCAGCGGCGCGACGAGAUGCUGCGCAUGUACCACGCGCUCAAGGAGGCGCUGGCCAUCAUCGGCGACAUCAGCACCAGCACCGUCACCACGCCCGUGCCCCCGCCCGUGGACGACACCUGGCUGCAGCCCGGCGCCGGCCACAGCCCGCCCCCGCAGCGCCGCCCGCCCUCGGCCCUGCUGCCCCCGGGCCGCCCCCCGUCCCUGUGCACUGGGAGCCUCUGGGGGGGGCUGGGAGCCACUGGGGAGGGCUGGGAGUCACUGGGAUUGCACUGGGAGUCACGGGGGGGGGGCUGGGAGCCACUGGGGUAUCACUGGGAGCCACUGGGGUCUCACCGGGAUCCCCCAGGAUCCCCCGUGCCCUCAGCCCCCGCCCCGUUCCCCCACAGGAGGCCCCCGGCGGCCCCGAGCCGCCCGACCAUCAUCCGCCCGGCCGAGCCCUCCCUGCUGGAUUAACCCCGGGAUCCGCGGGAUCCACCGGGACCCACCGCCCCCCGCGGGAUCCACCGCCCCCCGUGCCGCCACCACCGCCCUCGGAACAGGAGAGACGGGGGGAAAUGGGAAAAAAACGGGAAAAAAUCAACCCAGAGCCAGCCCGGAGCUCCUGGGGCUGAUCCUGGGGUGAUUCUGGGGCUGAUCCCAGAUCCCAUCCCAGAUCUUCGGGCUGAUCCUGGAUCCCAUCCCAGAUCUUGGGGCUGAUCCUGGGUUGAUCCCGGGCUGAUUCCUGAUCCCAGAUCCCGUCCCAGGCUGAUCCCAGAUCCCGGGCCGAUCCCGGAUCCCGUCGCGGCGGGGGCAGCUCCCGGGCAGGUCCCAGCAGCUGAUCCUGGCAGCUCCGGGGCCCCCCCGGUGCCCCCCGGGCCGGGGCGGUGACGGAUUGUGGGGGUGGGGGUGGGGGUGGGAACUUUGCACUUUGUCAGAAUUCCCGAGGGGGGAGGGCCCGGCCCCGCCUCUGCCUUCCUCCCCUCUCCUCCUCCUCCUCCCCCGUUCCCGAAUUCCGGGGAUUCUGCCCCAAAUUCACCCACGGCUCCUCCCCCCGCCCCACCCAGGGGUCAGGAUUGGGGUUUGGGGUUUUUUUUUUUUUGUUUUGUUUUUGGGGUUUUUUUAAAGAAUUGGGGUUUGUGAGCAGGGGAAAACACUGGAAUUCCCAGAGGGAUUCAGCAGCGAUCCCAAUUCCCUGAGAACCUCAGGAAUUUCAUCCCGGGAAUUACCCGGGAGACGAGGAGGAAGAGGAGGGGGAGGGAGGAAGAUGUGCCCUCCCCCUGUUCCCGAUCCCGCUCCGCCGGGAGCCGAGGUUGUAAAUAUUUUUACAGACUUGUAUUAAUUGUAUAAAAAAAAAAAGCCCACAAAAAAAAACAAGAGGGGAAAAAUGAGGAAAAGGAAAAAAAAAAA